GGAGAGAGAGAUUGAAGGCCUGUCCACCACGUAAACGAGCGAGAUCGUCGGCGGAGAGCGAGCGGGCGGGCGGGCGGGCGGGCGGAGCGGAGGAGACGCCAUCUCCGCGGACAGCGAUCUGAGCGGGCGGAGGGAGGGUGUACACCGUACAGACAGAUGGGCACGCUCAAGACCUGGAGGAAGGCCUACGGCGCUCUCAAGGACUCCACCAAAGUCGGCCUUGCCCACGUCAACAGCGAUUACGCCGAAUUGGAUGUCGCCAUAGUCAAGGCCACGAACCACGUCGAGUGCCAGCCCAAGGAGCGGCACCUCCGCAAGAUCGCCGUCGCCACCUCGGCGGUCCGACCGCGGGCCGACGUCGCGUACUGCAUCCACGCGCUCUCCAGGAGGCUCGCCAAGACGCAUAAUUGGACGGUGGCACUGAAAACAUUGAUAGUUAUUCACAGACUCUUGAGAGAGGGAGAUCCUACAUUUCGGGAAGAGCUUUUGAUUUUUUCACAGAGGGGACGAAUUCUUCAGCUUUCUAAUUUUAAGGAUGACUCAAGUCCCAUAGCUUGGGAUUGCUCAGCCUGGGUGCGCACCUAUGCAUUGUUUUUAGAGGAACGACUUGAAUGCUUUAGAAUUUUAAAGUAUGACAUUGAAGCAGAGCGUCUUCCAAGACCUGCUCAAGGACAGGAGAAGGGCUACAGCAGAACCAGGGAUUUGGAUAGUGAAGAGCUGUUGGAGCAGUUGCCUGCUCUACAGAAUCUUCUUUACCGACUUAUUGGUUGCCAGCCCGAAGGUGCAGCUGUUGGCAAUUAUUUAAUACAGUAUGCCCUGGCUCUGGUGUUGAAAGAGAGCUUUAAGAUCUACUGUGCUAUCAACGAUGGAAUCAUUAAUCUGGUUGAUAAGUUUUUUGAGAUGCCCCGACAUGAAGCUGUGAAAGCUCUGGAUGUUUACAAACGUGCCGGCCAACAGGCUAGAAACUUAUCUGAUUUUUAUGUAGUUUGCCGAGGUUUGGAACUUGCAAGGAAUUUUCAGUUUCCGGUAUUGAGAGAGCCUCCACAAUCAUUUCUGGCGACCAUGGAAGAGUACAUAGGAGAAGCACCACGAGUGGUUACUGUUCCAAGUGAGCCAUUGCUUCAAUUGACGUAUAAACCAGAAGAAGUUCCAGAUGAAGAUGCCGAGGCAUCUGCUGUUGAACCUGAGCCGCUUCCUUCAGAUGUUGUUGCUGCAUCUACCGUGGAGGUUGCUGCUGCUGAUCCAUCUCCUCCUCCUCCACCUAAAAAUAAUCUGGACACAGGAGAUUUGCUGGGACUAAGUUUUGAUGCACCUGAUGCUUCUUUCAUUGAGGAAAAGAAUGCUUUAGCCUUGGCAAUAGUUCCCUCAGAACCUGCAUUUGGUUCUGGUACUACUCAAGCUAAAGAUUUCGAUCCCACUGGAUGGGAGCUUGCUCUGGUCUCUACCCCAAGUACUGACAUCUCUGCAGCUAACGAGAGGCAACUGGCUGGUGGGCUGGAUACUCUCACACUACACAGUUUAUAUGAUGAAGGGGCCUAUCGAGCUUCCCAGCAGCCCAUGUACGGAGCACCGGCCCCCAAUCCAUUCGAAGUACACGAUCCUUUCGCUAUUUCCAAUGGGAUCGCACCUCCUCCAUCAGUACAGAUGGCAGCAUUGAACCAACAUCAGACCAAUCCUUUUGGACCAUACCAACCCACAUACCCGCUGCAGCAGCAGCAGCAGCCUCAGCAACACUUGAUGGUGGGACCCGCCAAUCCCUUUGGGGAUCCUGGGUUCGGGGCAUUCCCUGCGAAUUCUGCCUCUCACCCUCCGGCCACUAAUCCCUUCGGGAGCACCGGGCUUUUGUAAUGCGGGUUCAGAUUUUGUACAAACCGUAAUCUAGUUCGUGCGGUUGAUUUUGGGUGUGCAACAUGAGAAAAGAUUAGAAAGGCUCUUGGACCUGUCACAGAGAGGAGGGUGUAAGGUAUAGGAUGGUUUGCAUGAUUGAGCAGGGAGGAUGCUACACGAAGUGAAUAGAGGGAGACGAAUGUGAUUGAAAAUAUGUAGGACAUAGUACUCUUUUGAUCUUGCUACCGGUUGUCUUGUCUUGUAUGCUGUCGGACAGCGAUUUGUAAGUAGGGAGGAAUAAAUUCAACCUUGUGCUAUUCACAGGACGAUGAAUAUGUGAUUGAUUGUUUGAUGCUC